UCGCGUCAGUUGCAGUCGAUUGUUCGAUUCGAUUCGAUCUUGCGCCUUUUGAUUUCCACCACGGGAAAACGUCGUGCGUGUGACGCGAUUUUCGCGAGCAAAAAUAGUGCGUUCCCGUGGCUCGGUACUGAGUAUACCGCGUGACCGUUAAAGUCGUGUGUUUAGCAUUUACGAGCAACGCGACCCUUUCUUUGAUCGAAGAUGAGCACGCCGGUGAAGAAGGUACCCAUCCACCUGCAGAGCGCGCAGAAUAGGUUGUUGAUCAAAAACGGUAAGGUGGUGAAUGACGAUGGGAUGACGGACAACGACAUCUACAUAGAAGACGGUAUCAUCAAACAAAUGGGCCGCAAUCUGAUAAUACCGGGCGGCACGAGGAUCAUCGACGCUCGCGGGAAAUAUGUGAUGCCCGGUGGCAUAGAUCCGCACACCCAUUUCGAAUUGGAGCUGAUGGGUGCCAAGUCAGUCGAUGAUUUUUACCAGGGCACCAAAGCAGCUGUCGCCGGUGGUACUACGAUGAUCAUCGACUUCGUGAUUCCUAGAAACGACGAAUCUAUAUUGGAGGCAUACGAGAGGUACCGGGAAACGGCCGAUCAGAAAGUAUGCUGCGAUUAUUCGCUCCACGUCGCCGUUACAUCUUGGAGUCCAAAAGUCAAAGAGGAGAUGGCCACGCUUGUGAACAUUCACGGCGUCAAUAGUUUUAAGAUGUUCAUGGCCUACAAGGGCCUGUAUAUGCUGAAGGACCCGGAGUUGAUCGAGGCGUUCAAAGCGUGCAAGGAGUUGGGCGCCAUCGCCAUGGUUCAUGCGGAAAACGGCGAUCUUAUUGCAGAGAACACGAAACGAUUGCUCGCAGCCGGAGUCACGGGGCCGGAAGGUCACGAAAUGUCGCGUCCCGAAGAAGUCGAGGCGGAGGCUGUGAAUAGAGCCUGUGUGAUAGCGAGUCAGGUCAAUUGUCCACUGUAUGUAGUGCAUGUGAUGAGUCGUAGCGCCGCAGAAGCUGUGGAUGCCGCGCGUAAGCGUGGCGUUUGCGUCUUCGGCGAGACCUUGGCAGCCGCGAUUGGCACAGAUGGUACCAACUACGCGCAUAAAUGCUGGAAACACGCCGCUGCUCACGUUCUGAGUCCACCUCUCAGGCCAGACCCAGAUACAUCGCUCGCGUUGCUGAAUAUGCUAGCCAAAGAUGGUCUUCAAGUUACUGGCAGCGAUAACUGUACUUUCAACGCCGAGCAAAAGGCGCUCGGUAAGAACGAUUUUUCCAAGAUACCCAACGGCGUGAACGGCGUCGAAGACCGGAUGUCGAUCGUCUGGGAUAAAGGGGUGCACGCAGGUAUUAUGGACCCGACGAGGUUCGUUGCGGUGACCAGCUCCAAUGCCGCGAGGAUCUUCAACUUAUACCCGCGAAAGGGAGUGAUAGCAGUCGGCUCAGACGCUGAUAUAGUCGUCUGGGACCCCAACAGGAAGCGUACGAUUUCCGCUAACACACAUGUCCAGGCCGUUGACUUUAACAUCUUCGAGGGUAUGGAAGUUCACGGAGUACCAGAGUAUGUUAUUGUAGAAGGACGUGUAUGCGUGGACGAAUGCGAAGUAAAAGCAGUCCAUGGUUUCGGCAAGUUCGUCGAAACUCCGAAUAACAACGAUUAUGUAUAUAAUAUGAUCGAGGACAGAGAGAAGAGACCGCGCGGUGUGCCAAGGUCCGAAGCCGAGGCGAAGAAAUUCGCCGAAGAGGACGCGGCCAUUGCGAAGGCCAAAGAAGAAGCGAGAGCGGCGGCUGCGGCUGCGAAAUCUAUUCCUCAGCAAAAUGGCACUUACUCGAGCCCGAAGCCGAAACUUUCGAUGCCUGAUUGCAUGGCGACGUUGCCGGAUUCUGCCGUGGUUACGCCAUCGUCGAAGGGUCCGCGGUUGGAGGGUCAGAGAAAUUUGCAAGAUUCCACUUUCUCUAUUAGCGAGGACGUCGACGAAGGAAGAAGAGCUUGCAUCCGCGUGAACAAUCCACCCGGUGGUCGCAGCGCGGGAGGUUUCUGGUAAUUUAUACAAAAAGAAUGCUCCGCUUUGCAUACAGGGGGUUUAUCUUUAAAGGAAGAUAAAAUUGAUGAAAUCCUUUUUCUCUUCACCAAUCCUUCUAUUCGUGCAUACAUGAAAAUACUUCCGCGUUUCUGUCGUCAUUUCUACAUUGUGAUUGUUUUCUAUCAGUCCGCUUUCAGGUUCGCUAAAUCACUCGAUUUGUUAAUGACAUGUUUUUAAGUUGUUUUUAUUUGAUAUGUUCUCAUCGAUUAAGGUCUGUUCCGUCAAAGGAGGGCUCGGACACUAUCCGUCAGUAGAGUGUACGUUCGUAUUCUCAUGUUUCACCACACUUUUCGCUUCGUUCAUUGCUUCAUUGCCCGCCCUAUGUGUAUCGUGCGCUUCAUACUUUGACCUUGGAUCAUUCACGCGACGUCCAGAGAUUCGCACGUUUAAUUCUGCGAAACUUUUGUCCUUCGUGCAAUAGAACAUCGAUUGCCGUUUCCAAUCGAUCAAAUAUUUAUGUUAUCAUUUAUUAUGUUUUCUUUGUGUAAUAAGUCUUCGUUUUUAUGUGUACAUUAGAUGAACCGUGGAAUUGUCCGACAAUUUGAUACGUAUACGCUUUGUAUGUUUUUAUUUUUACAGAAAUGUACAAGCUUAGAGGGUGAGAUUAUUUUCAUUUUGUGGGACUUGAAGAACUUUUUUUUUGUAAAUUUGUAGAAAAAUGUUUGAUAUAUUAUAUUUGGUAAUUCCAAGGUCAAGCUUACGAACAAGUUAUUUAUUACAUAUACAUGUGCAUGUGUAUGUUGUACGUAUGCACAUGCAUAAAUGACAUACGCAUGCACAAUAAGAUAAACCGAAAAAAGAAAGAAAAAUACAAUGAUCGCGAUCAGUUCCCACUAUUCGAUAAUGCUUUGGACAACAUCUUAGAAGCUUUGUAUUAAUCAUUGUUGAUCAGUUGUUACCGUGACUUCAGUCCAUAUCGUUUGAUAAUUUAUGUAACACCGAUGAACAGAGCUCAUCAUCAGUUUCAUCUGUUGCUUUGAUGACGUAAAAUAUUACAUGUCCGGCGUACAUAUUAUACGCUGAACGCGUUUCGCUCUCAUUCGACCAAGGUUUCUCCAUUUCAUGGACAUAACAUUAUAUUUUAUACCGCUCUAUCGUCAGCCUCUGAAUCGAACAGCAUGACGUUAAUUUUUAGAAAGCCAGUCGACGAUUGAAACAGUAAUAAUAAUUGUUCUAUUUUCUGACACAAUCUAGCAUUAUAUUUCGGUUAAUUAUUAUCGUUAAUUCUAAUGGUGUAAAUAUUAAAGUAUCUUUAGUUUAACGAUUGUUUGACGCAAAGGAUUAUGUAAUCGUGUUAUAUACUAUAUACAGAGUUACAUUUUGAAUGGAUUGAUAUACAUAGCUCAAUUAUUAUACACGAGAAACGAAGUUUGCGAGUUGAUAUGAUUGAGAAAGUUGGGAGAUCUUUCGAUCAAUUACCCUGUAUUUUUAUCACUGUGAAACACUGACGAACUUACAAUACAGUUGUAAAAUGAUCUUGGAAUAAUAGAGGCGUGCACCAUAUUCUAAAAUUAUAGUCGCACGAGGAUUUUCGUUUUAAUAACGUAGGACAUAAACUUGAAAAUUAAUUUCUUGUUGCUUUGUUCAUGUGCAAAACAGGUAAAAAACUGCUGGUGCGAACAAUAGUCUAAUUAAAUAUUAAGUGAAUUACGCACAAAUUCGCAAAUAGACAAAUAAUAGGCGAAGACACUAAAGAGUUUGACAACACCGUACUGAAGACAAUUGUGCUAAUGAGAAUGCAUUUGACAAGAACGCACACUUGUUCGCUUAUGAUUGUUGUUAAAAACUUCAUACGGAAGAUUAACGUAUGGAGUCAUUUAGCAAUACUUAAUUUAAUUAACUCACUUUUCCUUAUUCUUUGAUGUCAUGAUCCUACAUUCCAACUGUUCGACGUGUUAAAGGGAUUGCCGAUUCGUUUUCGUUUAAAAUCUAUCUCUGGAAGGAACAGCUUGAGGCGCUUCUAUAGUGAACCGUACUUGUUUACGAAAGUAAAAAUUAAGAAUAAUGAUUUUAAUAAUAAUAACGUUAAGGAUAAACGAUAUUAAACAAUAAUAAUCAUCCACUCAUAAUAAAUAUUCAUUACGUAAUUACUAAUCGUGUAAGAUGGCCGUACACUGAGAACUUACAAAGCUUGUUUGAACUACUCGUAAAUGACCAAAACAAGCGUUGGUUACCAUUGUAAUACAAUAGUCACGAAACUGUCAACUAUAAUUAAUGACGUGAUACACUUUUCGGAUAAGACUUAUAGAUCAAAUGUAGAAAACAACGUUCGGGAGUUUCUCGACGUAAGUAGAUUUUAUAUUGAAAUUUGGCGAAAAAUUUUUAAGAGUUUUACGGGCAUAGAAAAGGGCGUUUCAUUAAACCUUUCGAUGAUUUGUGAAAUAGGUGCAUAUAUAGAUGAAUCGUAAUAAUUAUUUGAAGGAAACAAUAAUUACGUUACCAAGACGUUCAUUAUUGUUGCCUUUGAAUAAUAAUUACCUAUCUGGUUGUGUGUAUGAUUCCAUAAUAGUGCUUAGAACUUGAUUUUAACCGAGAAACAUAUUUCAUUUUAUUACUUCGUUUCCGAUGUUAUGUUGUAUGGUUGAAUGAAAACACGUUGUCUUCAUUAGUUUUAAUGGUUGUCAGAACAAUUAACAUUUAUUGCGCUUUUUCAUGAUCAUUGUGUACGCAUUACAUUCGUUCUACCUUUUAAAAAGUUUCAACUACAGUAUUCGAUGCGUGGAACAUUGUAUUCGUGCACUAUUACAAAGUUUCUAUGAGAAUUUGUUAUUUCGAUUACAUAAACAUAUUGGAGCUUUGCGACUUUUACCUUUAUAAAACAAAAACCAGAACAAAACUAUAAUUAUCAAUGUGUUCACGUUACGUGACCUCGAGUCGAGUAUUCGAAAGAAAUGUAUAGUUUAUCGAUAUAAUAAGUGAUACAGCUAGAGUACCUAUUUAUGUCUGUUAUAAUGUAUGUGAUCGCUUGAAAUAAAAACCUGACAUCAAUAUUAAA